UCUAUACCCAAUGGGUCUUCUGGGUACUUUAAGGCUGAUGAUUCUGUUCCUCCGGGGGGCAGCCAUACCUACAACUGGACCAUUCCUGAAGACCAUGCACCCACUGGUGCUGAUCCUGCAUGCCUCACCUGGAUCUACCAUUCUCAUGUAGAUGCUCCACGAGACAUUGCAGCUGGCCUCAUUGGACCCCUCAUCACCUGUAAAAGAGGAGCCCUGGAUGAAAGCUCCCCUCCUCGGCGGCAGGAUGUGGACCAUAAUUUCUUCCUGCUCUUCAGUGUGAUAGAUGAGAACCUUAGCUGGCACCUAGAUGAGAACAUUGCUACUUACUGCUCAGACCCUGCCUCAGUGGACAAAGAAGAUGAGGCCUUUCAGGAGAGCAACAGGAUGCAUGCAAUCAAUGGUUUUGUCUUUGGGAACUUACCUGAGCUGAAUAUGUGUGCACGGAAGCAUGUGGCCUGGCACUUGUUUGGCAUAGGCAAUGAAGUGGAUGUCCACACAGCUUUCUUCCAUGGACAGAUGCUGACCAUCCGUGGACACCGCACUGAUGUGGCUCACAUCUUCCCAGCCACGUUUGUGACUGCUGAGAUGCUGCCCCAGGGGCCUGGCACUUGGUUAAUUAGCUGUCAAGUGAACAGUCACUUGCAAAAUGGCAUGCAGGCACUCUACAAGGUCAAUUCUUGCUCCACGGCCCCUCCUGUGGACCAGCUCACAGGCAAAGUUCGGCAGUACUUCAUUGAGGCUCAUGAGAUUCGAUGGGAUUAUGGCCCGAUGGGACAUGAUGGGAGUACUGGGAAGAGUUUGAGAGAGCUGGGAAGUGGCUCAGAAAAGUUCUUCCAGAAGAGCUCUAGCCGAAUUGGAGGUACUUACUGGAAAGUUCGAUAUGAAGCCUUCCAAGAUGAAACAUUCCAGGAGAAGAUGUAUCGGGAAGAAGAUAAGCAUCUUGGAAUUUUAGGGCCAGUGAUCCGGGCUGAGGUGGGUGAUACCAUCCAGGUGGUCUUCUACAACCGUGCCUCAAAACCAUUCAGCAUGCAGCCCCAUGGGGUCUUUUAUGAGAAAGACUAUGAGGGCACUGUGUACAAUGAUGGCUCAUCACACCCUGGUUUGGUGGCUAAGCCCUUUGAGAAAGUAACAUACCUCUGGACAGUGCCCCCCCAUGCCGGUCCCACUGCUCAGGAUCCUGCCUGUCUCACCUGGAUGUACUUUUCUGCUGCAGAUCCCAUAAGAGAUACAAAUUCUGGCCUGGUGGGCCCCCUGCUGGUGUGCAAGGCUGGUGCCUUGGGUGCAGAUGGCAAGCAGAAAGGGGUGGAUAAAGAGUUCUUUCUCCUCUUCUCUGUGUUGGAUGAGAACAAGAGCUGGUACAGCAAUGCCAAUCAAGCAGCUGCUAUGUUGGAUUCCCGACUGCUCUCAGAGGAUGUCGAGGGCUUCCAAGACUCCAAUCGGAUGCAUGCUAUUAAUGGGUUUCUGUUCUCUAACCUGCCCAGGCUGGACAUGUGCAAAGGUGACACGGUGGCCUGGCACCUGCUUGGCCUGGGCACGGAGACUGACGUGCAUGGGGUCAUGUUCCAGGGCAACACUGUGCAACUUCAGGGCAUGAGGAAAGGUGCAGCCAUGCUCUUUCCUCACACUUUUGUCAUGGCCAUCAUGCAGCCUGACAACCCUGGGACAUUUGAAAUUUACUGCCAGGCAGGCAACCACCGAGAAGCAGGGAUGAGGGCAAUCUAUAAUGUUUCCCAGUGUUUUGGCCAUCAGACUAGCCCUCAUCAACACUACCAAGCUGCAAGAGUCUACUACAUCAUGGCAGAAGAGGUAGAGUGGGACUAUUGCCCUGAUAGAAGCUGGGAACUGGAAUGGUACAACCAGUCUAAGAAGGACAGUUAUGGUCACGUGUUCCUGAGCAACGAGGAUGGGCUCCUGGGUUCCAGAUACAAGAAAGUUGUAUUCCGGGAAUACACUGAUGGUACAUUCAAGAUCCGUCGGCCAAGGUCUGGAUCAGAAGAGCACUUGGGAAUCUUGGGUCCACUUAUCAGAGGAGAGGUUGGCGAUAUCCUGACUGUGGUGUUCAAGAAUAAUGCCAGUCGCCCCUACUCUGUACAUGCUCAUGGAGUAUUAGAAUCCAGUAAUGGAUGGCCACAGGCUGCUGAGCCUGGUGAGGUACUCACUUAUCAAUGGAACAUCCCAGAGAGAUCUGGCCCUGGACCCAAUGACUCUGCUUGUGUUUCCUGGAUCUAUUAUUCUUCAGUGGAUCCCAUUAAGGACAUGUAUAGUGGCCUGGUGGGGCCCUUAGCCAUUUGCCGGAAGGGUAUCCUGGAACCCCAUGGAAGACGGAGUGACAUGGACCAGGAAUUUGCCUUGUUAUUUUUGAUCUUUGAUGAGAAUCAAUCUUGGUAUCUGGAAGAGAAUGUGGCAACCUAUGGGCACCAAAAGCCAGACCAUGUUAACCUGAAGGAUGAGACUUUCUUGGAGAGCAAUAAAAUGCAUGCCAUCAAUGGGAAGCUCUAUGCCAACCUCAAAGGUCUUACCAUGUACCAAGGAGAACGAGUGGCCUGGUACAUGCUGGCCAUGGGCCAAGAUAUUGACAUACACACUGUCCACUUCCAUGCAGAGAGCUUCCUUUUUCGGAAUGGACAGAGCUACCGGGCAGAUGUGGUGGAUUUGUUCCCAGGGACCUUUGAGGUUGUAGAGAUGAUUGCAAACAACCCUGGGACAUGGCUGAUGCACUGCCAUGUGACUGACCAUAUCCAUGCUGGCAUGGAGACCCUCUUUACUGUCUUGUCUCAAAAAGAACACUUAAGCACGAUCACUACCAACACCCAAGAGAUUGGAAAAGCAGUGAUCCUAAGAGACAUUGGAGAAGGCAAUGUGAGGAUGCUGGGCAUGCAGAUCCCCAUAAAGGAUGUCGAGAUUCUGGCUACUGUUUUGAUUGCCGUGGGUAUCAUUCUUCUGCUUGUUGCUCUGACUCUUGGUGGUGUGGUCUGGUACCAGCAUCGGCAAAGAAAGCUACGGCGCAACAGGAGGUCCAUCCUGGAUGAUAGCUUCAAGCUUCUGUCUCUCAAACAGUAGUAGCUGGAUCCUGGAGAUCUCCUCAGGAAGCACAUGUGGAAAGCACUCUCAGGCUCCCAGGAUGCCAUGGACUUGCAACUAACUGUACUGUCAAAAGGGCAUGGGUGAUGGAGAGGCAGAGGAUACAAUCAAAAUUAUUUGGGUAUUUCAUUUAUUUAUUUACAUGGAAAUUACAUGCCGUCACUUUUUCUUUAGUUUCUUUGCUACACUCAGGCACCUGGAGUAGGUAAAUCCCAUAAUACACUACACCACAAAUUUCAACAGCUGUAUUAUAUCACCCUUCAAUUCUGGAAAAUCUGGAAAUUCCUAGAAACUGGUCCUUCUUAUAAAG